AUGGGGGAUGUGGCGCGGUGGCUGUUCGCACAGUCGGUGUGGGUGGGCGGAGCUUCCCUACCUUCCCUGGGGCAAGGGAAACCCAGCAGGAACGGGCGGCAGUUCUCGUGGUCCUUCCCGGGGCAAGAGAAACCCAGCAGGAGCGGGGCAGCUGUUCGCACGCUCAGCGUGGGUGGGCGGAGCUUUCCUACCUUCCCUGGGGCAAGGGAAACCCAGCAGGAAUGGGCGGCCGUUCUCGCGGUCCUUCCCAGGGCAAGAGAAACCCAGCAGGAGCGGGGCGGCUGUUCCAAUAAAAGAAUGUUUUUAAAACUUAUUUUGCAUGAUACUAUGCUGCAAGCAGCUUCUGUCUCACAGCUUCAGUGCACUUCAAUGAGCCCACUUCAGGGAGUGGAUGAAAUAUGGGCCAGUGUACAGAAAUAUAUUGAAGAAAAUGAGAAAAUGAUGAGACCAUACGAAGUUUUGGGACCCACGUCUGACAACUUCUAUUACCUUGCCAUUGGAUGUGUGUGUGUCUGUAUCUUCGUCUGUGUAUCAUUGUUCACGCUUUCAUUGAUUGCUACUAUCUCCCCAGGAUAUUUCACAGUAACUGCCUUGCAGAAACAUGUCUUGGUUUCACUAAAAGGAGACGCUGAGCUCAGUUGCCAGCUGUCCCCACCACAGAGUGCAGAAAACAUGGAAAUACGCUGGUUCCGAAAACACUACACACAACCUGUUCACCUAUACAAGGAUGGGAAAGAUAUAUAUGGAGAAACAGCGUCCAAGUAUGUGGAGCGAACAGAGCUACUGAAGGAAGCCAUUGGAGAGGGAAAAGUGACCCUCAGGAUAUUUGGUGUCCAUGUUGAAGACGAUGGACAAUACCAUUGCUUAUUCCAAGCUGGUGAAUUUUAUGAUGAUGCCAUCACAGAAUUGAAGGUCACAGCUACCAGCUUAGACGUACAGAUUGUUGUGCAUCCUCCCAAUAUAAAAGGUCUUUUAGUGGAGUGUAACUCAGAAGGUUGGUUCCCACAACCUCAAAUGGAAUGGAGAGAUGACAGAGGGGAGAUCAUUCCACCUACGUCAGAAUCUCACUCACAGGAUACAGAGAAAUUAUUCAACAUGAAGGUAGCCCUGAUGCUUAGCUCCAUUAGAAAUGUCACUUGCUACCUUCACAACCCUCUAACUGGUGAAGAGGAGAUGACAAGCCUUGCUUUGACAGGUGAGAUCAGUGUGGUUUUCUUUUAG